AGCAAUUAAUUGCACAUCGCAAAUCAUAAGACAAUAUGGCCAAAAUCACUUUAGGAACAACCCAAGAGGCUGCUCAACCUAAUUGCAUCCAGGCUCUAAUUGUUGAAUUUAUUGUCACCUUUCUCUUUGUCUUUGCUGGUGUUGCUUCUAAAAUGGCUGCUGAUAAGCUAAGUGGAGAUGGUUUAGUGGGAUUAUUUUUUGUGGCUAUGGCAAAUGUUCUUCUGGUGGCGGUAAUGAUAUCUGCCGGUCACGUUUCCGGUGGCCAUUUGAAUCCCGCUGUGACCUUCGGCCUCCUUGUUGGCGGCCACAUCACCGUCGUCCGUUCUAUCUUAUAUUGGAUUGAUCAACUUAUAGCAUCUGCAGGAGCUUGCUAUCUUCUUCAUUACCUCACUGGUGGAUUAACAACUCCGGUUCAUACACUUAAAAGUGGAGUAGGGUGUACUCAAGGAGUAGUUUGGGAAAUUGUUUUGACAUUCUCUUUGUUGUUCACUGUGUAUGCAACUAUGGUUGAUCCAAAGAAAGGAGGAUUUGCUGGACUUGGCCCAAUUUUGAUUGGAUUUGUUGUAGGGGCUAACAUCUUGGCUGGCGGGGCUUUUGCAGGUGCUUCCAUGAAUCCAGCAAGAUCUUUUGGGCCUGCUUUGGUUAGUGGAAAUUGGACUGACCAAUGGAUUUUUUGGGUUGGGCCUCUCAUUGGUGGUGGACUUGCUGGUUUCAUUUAUGAGAAUUUCUUCAUCAAUAGAACUCAUGUUCCUCUGCUUGUAGAUGAAGUUAGCUACUAAGAAUUAAAAUUAGGUGAAUGUGAUUUAUUUUUUUUAUUUAGUAGAGAAAUAAAAAGUGAACUUGAUUAUAUGUUUCUCUAUUUGGGUUUAUGUUGAACCCAAACUUGCUUAGAUGUUGAGUUUGGUUUGGGACACUUGACUUGUAUACCUAUGUGUGAAC